AAUUUCCACACGUGCGAUUCAAACGCCUAAAAUCACGAAUUGAAAUCACAACAAAUUGCGCUCAUCGUUCCAGAUUCAUCUUUUAGCAGCGAUCCGAUUUAGAAAUUGCACUCAACGCAAUCAGAAAAUCACUCACUCGACAAUGGCGAUGAACACGGGACUGAGAUCAUGUGCUUCCAAGCUCAUGAAUUCCGCAGUUAUGCCCAAAUCAGUGAAGAGGGGCAUUCACUCAAGCAGCGUGAAGAAGAUGGGAGGAGGUCAUGGCCAUGACGAGCCUUUCUACAUGCAUGCGAAGCACAUGUACAACUUGGACAUGAUGAAACAUCAGAAAGUGAAAAUGACCCUCGCCGUCUUCACUGCAUUCAGCAUUGGUGUUUUUGUCCCAAUUUAUGCAGUCGUCUUUCAGCAGAGGAAGGCUUCCUCUGCCUAAUUUUCCUUUUAAUUUCUGCAUUUCUUUCCAAUAAUACCUUCAUAUACAUAUCAAUUUGUAUUUUCCACUUCAUAAAUCUUCUAAUAGCUAUUCAAAUUCAACCCCGGAUGAGGAGAAACUCUCACGUCCACUUUGUAGUAGAGAUGGAAUAUUGAAACAACCAUCAAUUAUGGGAAUUUGAUCAAGAAUGAGGUAA